AUGGCAGAGGAGGCGUUGGCGGCAGUGACUGGUUUCUUGCACAAGCUUUUAACCGGACGGUGGUUAAUGUUAUUUGCAUCACUAAUAAUCAUGGCAAUGAACGGAUCAGGCUACAUGUUCGGCCUCUACUCCAACCACAUCAAAUCUGUUUUUGGCUAUGAUCAAUCGACUCUUAAUUUGAUCAGUUUUUUUAAGGACUUGGGUGCCAAUCUUGGGGUGGUUUCCGGCCUCCUUUACGAGGUGGCACCACCGUGGCUGGUUCUCUCGGUUGGCGCCAUCCUUAACUUCUUCGGUUACUUCAUGUUAUGGUUGGCGGUUUCUGGCCGUACCGCUGCGCCGGGGUUGAGGUUGAUGUGUGUUUACAUGAGCGUUGCUGCUAACUCAUUGUCUUUUGGUAAUACGGCGGCUUUGGUUACUUGUCUUCGCAACUUUCCUCUUCAUCGUGGUUGUCUUCUUGGCCUUCUCAAAGGGUACAUAGGUUUAAGUGGUGCAAUAAUGACACAACUUUACCAUGCCAUGUAUGGAGAGGACAACCCAGAAGGCCUUAUUUUGAUGAUUGCUUGGCUCCCAUCAGCCAUUUCAUUAGCUUCCCUUCCAUUCAUUCGACUUAUAAACUCCAACAACAACCAAAGAAAUGACCUCAAACCAUUCUAUAACCUUCUUUACAUAUCCCUCGCCCUUGCUGCUUCUCUUCUUGCCAUUAUUAUCCCUCAAACUAAAACUCACUUCUCUAAAACUGACUACAUUGCUGUUGCUUCUCCCAUCGUUCUCUUUCUCCUCCUCCCGCUUGCCGUCGUCGUAAACCAAGAACUCACCCUCCACAAUCACCCACCUCCAAUAACGUCAAUACUAGUACAAUCACCGUCACCACAGCUAACAACGAUGUCAAGGAGUAGUAACUGGUACAAAAACAUCUUCACGGGGCGACCAAUGCUCGGAGACGACCACACCAUCUUGCAAGCGAUUUUGAGUGUGGAUAUGGCAAUUCUAUUUGUGGUGACGACGUGCGGUGUUGGCGGAGCACUGACGGUGGUUGACAACGUUGCACAAAUAGGUGCUUCGUUAGACUAUCCAACACGUAGCAUUUCGAGUUUCGUGUCACUAAUGAGCAUUUGGAACUUCCUAGGACGUGUAAUGGCAGGUUACGUAUCUGAAUUUCUUUUGAUCAAGUACCGACUCCCUCGGCCGUUGAUGCUCACAUUUGUAAUACUACUAUCUUGCAUUGGCCACAUUAUGAUUGCGUUUGGAGUACCAAACUCUCUUUAUUUUGCAUCCAUCAUCACUGGAUUCUGCUUGGGAGCGCAACUUCCAUUAACGGCCACAAUCAUAUCUGAUCUCUUUGGAUUGAAACAUUAUUCGACGUUGUACAAUGUGGGAUCAGUGUCAAGCCCAGUUGGGUCUUACAUUUUCAAUGUUAGAUUGGCGGGUAGGAUUUAUGAUAGAGAGGGGGAAAGGCAAAGGAAUGUGAUGAGAAAUGUGUGUAAAGGAGUGAGGUGUUAUAGGGUUAGUUUUAUAAUAAUCAUAGGGGCUUGUGUUUUUGGUAGUUUGGUUUCGGUUAUUUUGGUGCUUAGGACAAGAAAUUUUUACAAAGAUGACAUAUAUGCAAGGUUUAGAAAGGGAGAAGAAAUUAAAUCACCACUACAAGACACUACCACUACUACUACUACUUUUUCCCUCUCACAUCUACAAGUUGCUACAAUGAAACCUUUGAAAUGUAUCACUUUUACUUCCUAA